GCCUGCUUCUAAGGAGAGAUCUUUAUUUGGCAAAAACGCGUAUUCACGUUGACGGAGUGUUGAGGAGCAUGUGUUUGUGUAGUUAUCUGGCAAAAAAAAGUCCUUGAUCUUCAUCUUGGUGAUUGUAGCAAAGACGCAAAAACAAUCUUUGCCCCUUAUCAGAGUCGAUUGUGGUGGACACACGGUAUCACACCGAAACGCAUCACACCGGCUACGCUUGCAAGCAAGGAAAACUAAAGACCGAGACUUGAGUUGUGCUUUCUGUCUUUUGUACAGCCGACUUCAUUUGUUCGUCUAUUUGCACAAUUUUCGGUCCUUGUCGACUGAAAUUGAUACCUUCAUAUACCCCAUAAAUUUUUCCCACCUACAGCUACAGUUUGCCUAUGAACAUUCUGUAUUCUACCUCUCAUGGACAGUGACUUGAAGGACGCAGCAGCCUCGGGCAGCUGCCCGUCGCCAUCGGGCCGCACCUCGUCCAGCAAGGCGAACACAUCUACUUUGGAGGAAAGUCCGGGUAUCCUGAGUCCUCCGCACCCACGAAGCCGGCGUGCUGCCGGUGGACCACCGGUUGCCGGAGCCGCGAACCAGAACGAGGAGCGCGUGACGUCACCCGUGUACAAGAAACGAGUCGCACUGGCGCCAAGGAAAAACGCUUUGUAUGCCUUUGCAGACGCGGUUGCGGGGCACCACGGUAGAAGUGGUGAUAAGAAUGCCGGCGCACCUCCAGAGGUGCAACGUGGAGGACCUGUCGGACAGAAUCAGGACCACGGGGAGGAGGUCGUCAAAAAUCUGAAUCAAGAUGACGACCCUGUCCAGCAGGCGCUCCUGCGGUCGGUGUCGCGCCAAGGGGAGGAGCCACCAACGUCCGCGUCGCACCAGAAUACCGGCCACAACCGGAAACAACAUGUUGGCUGUUCCUCUUCUUUCACGCCGCCAUACAAAAAAAGCGGGAAGAUGGACAACGGCGCUGCAACUACGGAACAAGCAACUUUACCGAGGAAGUCCACUUUUGUUGCCCUCGCGUCUGUUCUCGCUGUGGUCUCUGCCGUCUGCGUCGUCUCUGCUUUUUCCUACCACCGCAGUGGGGUCUCCGACGUCCGGACGCGGCCAGGAAGCACGAACGAACGAGGAACCGGUACUUCUACAGCGAUCAUGUUGGAGGAGGCCAGGAUGA